GAAGAAGAAGAAGAACGUUUGAAAACUCAACAAGAGGUGAAGAAGAAGAACAAGAACAAGGGUCAAAACUGAAGGCAGGAAAACACCAAACACCCCUAAAUAUCUCUCUCAAUAUCAAUGUCCCCAAAACCCCACUCCCUCUCCCUCUCUCAGUCCAUGAAGAAGGAGAACAAGUACAGUGGGGUAUUUGGGGACAUGUACUCCAGUGUGGCCAUUAUUCCCAAAGACAUUGAGCAGCUUGGUAAUAAGGAGCCCCACCCAUCUCCAUUUCAGCUCAACUUUCAAUUCCCUGACCUCUCCCAACCCAUCAAAGGGUUCUUGGGGACAAGAGAAGUUGGAGAAUUCCUUAGUGGGGCAUUAGCAGGGGCGAUGACCAAAGCUGUUCUUGCUCCUCUUGAGACCAUCAGGACUCGAAUGAUAGUUGGUGUUGGAUCUAGAAACAUCUCGGGCAGUUUCUUAGAGGUCAUUGAGAAGCAGGGUUGGCAAGGGUUGUGGGCUGGAAAUGCAGUCAAUAUGAUCCGCAUAGUCCCUACUCAGGCAAUUGAGUUUGGAACGUUUGAGUUUGUUAAACGAGCAAUGACGUCGGCACAGGAGAAGUGGAAGCAGACUGAAGGUCCAAAGGUGCAAAUUGGCCCUGUAAGCUUGGACUUCUCUAUUUCCUGGAUUUCUCCUGUUGCUGUGGCUGGUGCUGCUGCUGGAAUCGCUAGCACACUUGUGUGUCAUCCCCUUGAAGUUUUGAAGGACCGAUUGACUGUCUGUCCUGAGGCAUAUCCCAGUAUAGGUGUUGCAAUCUGUAAGAUUUAUAAGGAAGGUGGUAUUGGUUCAUGCUAUUCGGGUCUGUCACCUACAUUGAUUGGGAUGCUUCCCUACAGUACAUGCUAUUAUUUCAUGUACGAGAAAAUAAAGAAAUCCUACUGCCUAACAAAGAAAAAAGAGUCUCUAAGUCGUCCAGAGAUGUUACUGGUUGGAGCUAUGGCAGGUUUCACAGCUAGCACAAUCAGCUUUCCGUUGGAGGUGGCCAGGAAACGGCUGAUGGUUGGAGCUAUGCAGGGCAAGUGCCCACCCCAUAUGUUGGCUGCACUUUCAGAAGUAAUACGGGAGGAAGGCUUAUUGGGACUCUACAGAGGGUGGGGUGCAAGCUGUUUAAAGGUCAUGCCUUCAUCUGGCAUCACCUGGAUGUUUUAUGAAGCUUGGAAAGACAUAUUGCUCGUUCAGAGACAUCCCUUAUAACAAGCUCAAGCAAGAUUCACAUAGACCACAUUCAAAUUUAUGCUUAUCUCACAUCUUUUAGUGUAGUCCAGACGUGGAGAAAGUCGAGGCCAUUUUAUGCAGGCCUAAGAUUGAUAUCUUGCUCCCGUUUGUGACUGGGAGGUUAGAAGAAAAAGUUUAUAUCUCUGCUGGUUUCCUUUGUUUUCCAAGACAUGCGCCUCAGUUUUGACCUCAGUUGAGCUCCAAUCAUGUAACGCAUAAGAUUACUUUGUACUGAUGAAUGACGAUUUAUUAAAUAUCAUCCAAAAAUGUUGGAAU